AUGACCAAAGCCCGGGUGCUCUUGAAAAUAGUGAAAUACACUUCCGUGGCAACUGUGACAGCAGUGACUGGCGCAGUCCUUCUCAAACCCGAAUUGAAGACAGAUUUCCAGACAUACGUGUUUGCAAAGGACUUGUGUGCAUACAACGAAGCAGUUUCUCCCUUGAAAUUGAAACAUUUCACUGCCUUGAGGUCCAUCAAGUCCCACAAUGGUGAACUGAGGGGCAAAGGGAAGAUUCGCUUAGUGGAAGUGGGAUCUGGGCCAGGUGCGAAUAUUCAAUUUUACCCAACAAAUGCGUUGGUCACUGGAAUUGACCCAGCACCUCAAUUUGAGAAGUACUUCAGAAAUGCUGUUGACAAGAGGGGGUGUGAGUUGGAGAGAUACAUCAUAGGAAAAGGAGAAGACCUAUCUUCGAUUCCUGAUGACAGUGUUGACAUAGUGGUGACCACAAUGGUGAUGUGCCAUGCGGAAGACCCCACCAAGUUUUUGAGUGAAAUCAAAAGAAUAUUGUGUCCUGGUGGGAAGUACUUCUUCUGGGAGCAUGUGGAAUCAUUUGAGCCUUCACCACAGAACCGUGAAAUCCAUAAGCACAAGGGAAAUUUCAUUGAAUACCUUCAAUUUUUGCUGUUUGAAAUUUGCUUUGGCUGGGAAAUCCACAACAGAGGUGGAAAGGUUAGUUUUGAAGAUGUUAGUAUGGAGGAAACAUUGAUACGGAAUGCCGGAUUUGCUGCCGUUCGCAUGGAAAGUUUCGACCUAACGGAAUUAAAGGAAGAGCACUGGAAAAAUAUGAAAUUCUUUGUGAGAGGUGAAAGCGUUUGGGGUCCCAAAAUUACGCAGCGGGCGCCUGAUUUCCGGGGAAUGGCAGUUGUUGAUGGCGAAUUCAAGGAAAUUCAGUUGACGGAUUAUGAAGGGAAAUGGCUGGUUCUCUUCUUCUACCCGCUUGACUUUACUUUCGUGUGUCCAACGGAAAUCAUUGCUUUCAGCGACCAAGUUUCAGAAUUCGACAAACUCAACUGUUCAGUCGUCGGGGUGUCCGUUGAUUCCCACUACUCGCAUUACGCUUGGAUCAACAUGCCUAGAAAAGAAGGCGGUCUAGGUGGACUGAAAUAUCCAUUAUUAUCCGAUCUGAGCAAGAAUGUUGCACGAGCCUACGGUGUCCUGCUCGAAGACGCGGGAGUUGCAUUGCGUGGGCUUUUCAUUAUUGAUCCAAAGGGUAACUUGAGACAGAUCACGGUCAACGACCUCCCAGUCGGUCGAUCAGUUGAUGAAACCUUGCGGCUUGUGAAAGCUUUCCAGUUCGUUGAAAAGCAUGGAGAAGUGUGUCCGGCGAAUUGGAAGCCAGAUUCCCCAACUAUUAAACCCGAUCCUGAAAAAUCAAAGCAAUAUUUCGGAAAAAUCUCGGUGUGCUUGUUCUUGAUGUUGCGAGUAUUAGUAUUCGCGGCAGCUUAUCUCGCUUUCGGAUCCGCCAGUUUAAUUUACAGGCAAGAUUACAGUGAUCACGAAGUGGUUUACCGUGAAGAUGAUCAAUAUAUAGACCGAAUAGUGGAACCCGUGAAACUCGAAUCAAAUGCAAAAUUUUAUGUCGACUACGAAGCUGGUCAUUUUGUGAAGGAUGGAAAGCCAUUUCGAUAUAUUUCGGGAUCAUUGCAUUACUCCCGUGUUCCGAACCAGUAUUGGCGGGACCGGCUUACGCGCUUCAGUGCCAUGGGUUUGGAUGCCGUGCAGACUCUCGUGCCAUGGAAUUUCCAUGAGCCGUGGAAAGGCCAGUUUGACUUUUCCGGGGACAGAGAUCUUAUAAGCUUUUUACGAACGGCUCAGUCAGAAGGUCUUCUGGUCUUGCUGCGAAUUGGUCCGUACAUUUGCGCUGAAUGGGAACUUGGCGGUCUCCCCGCAUGGUUACUUAUGGAAAAUCCUUCGAUGAAACUCAGAAGCAAUGCUGAAGACUACAUGACGCAUGUCCGAGACUACUGGGGAGUGCUUCUACCCAAGAUUGUUCCUAUGUUGUAUCAGAAUGGGGGUCCUGUGAUAAUGGUUCAGAUCGAGAACGAAUACGGAAGUUAUCCCUCAGCAGAGCCUGUUCAUUCCAAAGCACUGUACGACCUAGCGAGUAUUUAUCUGGGACCCGACGUGGUGUAUUACACGACGGAUGGAAAUUCCAAGUCUUAUUUCACUCGAGGCGCGAUUAAAGGCACUUUGACCACCGUGGAUUUUGCACCAGUUGACGACCCAUCGAAAGCUUUUGCAGAUCUGCGGAAUGAGGGUUUCAAUGGACCCUUCGUAAACUCGGAACUUUACACUGGAUGGUUUCAACAUUGGGGGGAAGAAUUUCAGCGCUUUUCACCCGAUACCCUCGCAUCUCGAUUGAACAAAUACCUUAAUGAUAGUACUUCGUUUUCUGUGAGCAUGUACAUGUUCUUGGGUGGCACAACCUUUGGCUUUUUUCCUGGUGCGAACAUGGCUGGUACACUUUACCAAUCCGAUCCUAAUUCGUAUGACUACGAUUCUCCGCUAACUGAGAAUGGGGGUUGCGGUAUCAAGUGCCACAAGUUGCGGGAAGUGUUGCUAAAGUAUUCUAAUCGGGUUGAUGUUCCUGACUUACCAGCGAAUGUGUCAAUUGCGAAACACGGGUUGAUUCAAAUGGAUUUUAUGGGCCAGUUGGUAAGCGUCAAAAAUCAGGUUACGCACUCGUCGAAAAAUUCCCUGCAUCCUCUGACAUUUGAAGAACUUCGUCAGGAUUACGGUUUCGUGUUGUAUCAAACUUUCGUAUUGAAAGAUGUAAUGAAUGCCACGUUGACGACCAAGGGUUUGGCCGACGAAGGCAUUGUGAUGGUGAACGGUGUUCGAGUCGGCAUUCUGUCGCGAACGCGUGGCAUUUUUACAAUUGAUGGUCUAGUGGUGAAGUAUGGGCAGAUCUUGUCGAUUUUGGUCCACAACAUGGGGCGAGUUAAUUACGGAGGUGGAAUGAAUGAUUUGAAAGGCGUGAAGGAGGUUCGACUUGAUGAUGUUCUGUUGACCGACUGGAGUAUGUAUUCAAUUCCGUUGAAUUCGAGUGAGGCUUUGAAACUUAGUCCAGGACUGAAGGGUGAUUUUCAGAUGCCAGGUAUUUUUUUGGCCAGAUUUAAGAUCCCCAAAACCGCAGAUCCUGUGACUGGGUAUCCCAAAGAUACCUACCUCAGAACCACUAGCUUUUCCAGGGGAGUGGCAUUCUUGAAUGGUAUAAAUUUGGGACGCUAUUGGAACGAUUUCGGACCUGUGAAUACCUUGUAUGUGCCUGGAAUUUUUCUGAAGGCUGCUGAAAACGAGUUGAUGAUUUUCGAGCUUGACCAUGCCGAUUGCUCGUUUGAGGUUCCUCAGAGAUGCGCUGUCGAGUUCCUGGAUCACCCGGUGUUCAUCAUGGAUGCGAAAGAAGAGAAUUUGGACAACAGUGAGAUGGAUGACAAUGUUGGAAGCGAACCGGAACAGAUGAGGAAAUUGUUUAUUGGAGGGUUGAACUGGCGAACGACGGAUGAAUCCUUGAAGGCGUUUUACGAGAAGUGGGGAAAAAUCGUUGACGUCGUUGUCAUGAAAGAUCCGAACACACGCAGAUCCCGAGGUUUCGGCUUCGUGACUUACUCUGAAGCGUCAAUGGUGGACGAGGCCAUGAAGAACCGCCCGCAUCGGAUCGAUAGUCGCACAGUGGAGCCGAAGCGUGCUGUGCGUCGCGAGGAAAAUGGCCGUGCGGACGCCAACAUGACUGUGAAGAAGCUUUUUGUCGGCGGUCUGCGCGAGGACGUGACGGAGGAACAGCUGCGCGAGCACUUCUCUCGCUUCGGCACCGUCGUCAGCGCCGUCCACGUGACUGAAAAGGGCACGAGCAAGAAGCGCGGGUUUGGGUUUGUGGAGUUCGAUGACUACGACUCCGUGGACAAAGCUUGCUUUUCUAUGAUCGAACAAGAGCAUGUGAUCGCGGGUAAACGUGUGGAUGUGAAGAAAGCCGUGAGCAAAGAAGACAUGGCGAAGCGUUCGUCACGCGGAGGUGACAUGGAUGGGCCUGGUCCAUGGUCCGGUGGCGGUGGAGGUGGCGGCAAGUGGGGCGGCGGCGGUGGAGGUGGCGGCGGCGGCUGGGGCGGUCCACGUGGAGGUAGCGGAGGCUACGGUGGUGGUCGGGAAGGUGGUGGCGGCGGCGGCCGCUCAUGGGGAGGCGGCGGCGGCGGAGGAGGUUCUAGCAGUCCGUGGGCAUCCAGGAGCGGUGGUGGUGGAGGAGGCAACUGGGGAAGCUCCAGUGGGUCCUCUGGCGGUGGAAAUUGGGGUGGUUCCUCAGGAGGAUACGGUGGUGGCGGCGGAAGCAACUAUGAGCGAGGCGGCGGAGACGGAUACGGAUCUGGGGGUGGCUACCGUAGCGGUGGCGGCGGUGGUUCCGGCGGUUACUCAGGUGGUGGCUCUUCGAAUGGCUUUGGCCAGAGCUACCAGCAAGGCUACGGCGGUGGUCCAGUGAGGGGCUCAUCUGGCGGCGGUGGCUACGGUGGUGGCGGCGGCGGAGGAGGAGGAAGCUAUGGCGGCGGUUCGUACGGGGGUGGUGGUAGUGGCCGUCCUGGCCCCUACGGGAGCUCCGGCGGUGUGAAAAUUAGCGAUGAGAGGCAGGCAGGCAGGCAAAUAGCCGGAACCGACAGAGAAGAGUAGGCGUGACAGGGGUUAUCAUGCGAAAGCGAUCGAUUAGGAUGGGUUCAGGUGCCUAUGGCGAAGAACAUUCCCGAGCUCUGUUCUCUGGACAAAGACGGUUUUCAACAUUUGCCCCCUUCCUCACUUUUUAACUAUGCCUCGGUUUUUUGUAUAUGGGCGUGGUAUGGAAUCUGUAAGCAUUCAUUGAAAGGAAUAAACUUCAGGCUUUGUUCGGUGGAACAUCCAGGUUGUCACUGAUUUUCGAAGUAUCCCUUAAUUCAUGCUUCUGCCAGUAUUUCCGCUCUUAUUGAACCUCGCUCAGAUUUCUCCAUUUCAAUCACCAUCAGAAAAUUGUAAACCGUAUUUUUUUCAGCGAUGCGAUACGGUGAAUUAACAUCAAAACCAUUUUAAUGGAGAAUUUCUUAAAUGUUCCGGCUUUCCCUGUUGGUUUUCCCAUUUCAAGUUUAUUUUGUCAACUGGUCUUCUUCGUGAGAGAUUAAACAGGCGUUUCCAGCGACAAAUAACCUAUGAUUGAGAAGGCUUUUUGACAGAAGUGAAUUACGUGGAAUAUCUCACGGAACAACUGGAUGUCUGAAAAAAAUAUUAAAGCAAUACAGUACUGUAAAUUACAUCACUUUGAGCGACUGCACAGGUUUUCUAAUAUUAUGUAUGCAGUACUGUUCCCCUCACGAUUUACAUUCAUGUACAGUACUUGACUGUAUUUCAAAAAUGAGCCCGAUUUAAAUUUUCUUCUAUAACAUUACUUGUGGUUGAAGCGAUACUGUCGCGAAUUAAAAACGGCAAAACUCUUAUUUGUUACGCCUAAUUUAAAAGGGUGAGAAUUAACACUUCUCCAAAAAUUCAUCCUUGUACACCUUUGUGAGAACAGAGUGUGAGAACUCCGGUUCUCACACCUAUUCUUGAACCUCCGAGGCUUACAUCAUGACUAAAUUUUGAGAAACUCAAAGGCCAUAUUCUCAAAAAUUUUCCUUGAUCCUUCAAGGAUAGUUCUCCUGAUUCCUUCUUUCGCACAUACAGUAUUAUUAAUUCUUAAUUUGAAUCUCCUGUGCAUUGCUUGAAAAGGCUUGCAAAAACUCAGUGUUCGAAUUUGCUAGACUGAAUUAUACCAACAUUAAAAUACGGUGAAAUUCACUCUGGUCAUAGUCCAAUGAACUUCUCCAGUUUCAUUCUAAAAAUCCAAUUCUUAUCGAAAUUCUCAAUGGAUACCUCACAAAUGAGCCCUUGUCCAUCGCCCGAAAAAUUAUUUUGAAUGGAUCGUCGUUGGAAUUUAGCGGAUGGAAAAUUAAGAUUGUUUUGCUAGAAUUUUCACAAAUUAUACGCGGUUUGCGGCGAAGCGCAAUAUUGUAUACAGUAUCUCAUUCCUGUAUUUAAUCUGAGAAUUUUACAAAAUCCAAACGAGAGCAUUCUUUGUCAUGCUUUUUAGUUUUUUUAUGCAUUGAAAUUUGCUUUCAAGGUCCUAUUUAUUUUUGGGGAAAAUACUUGUCGGUUUAAUGCGAAGUGUUACUUGAAGGAGUAAUUCAGAUUGCAUAUUCUGCUUCGUUAAUGUAAGUCUAAUGAAAAUCGUAUGGACUUGAGUGGGUAUGACGUUUCUAAAAUCGAUGUGCGUAUCCGGCACUUCAAUGUAAGAUCAUGUCGGCUUCAAUGUUUUUCACGGUGUGUGGCGUGAAGCAUCGUGUGCUGUUCAUAUUUCACAUUUGAACCGAGAUCUGUGUAGUUUCGUCCCCUAUUGCGCCAGUGUCCGAAAUAAUUAUUGCCGUGAUGAGAGGUGAAAUGCUGGUGGGAGCGUGAGGAAUUACUUGCGAGAUGUAGCUAGGUCAAGAGGAAGGAAUGAUGAGUUUUUCUGGAGACAGGGGAAGCUGAGGUCGACAUCAGGGCAGGCAGGACAGCGUAGGGAACGGAUGCAGGUAACGAGAACGUUUUCCAGUAAUGGACAUGUUCGGUUCUGUCUUCUUCCUAUUUUUUGAGGCUGAGUCGUUAUGUGCUUGAGCUUGUUUCCGCAAGGAAUACGAAAAGAAGAACCCUGUUUUCUGCGAGCUUAAGGUCAUUUGAUGAGACACCCACUCUUCGAGUGUUGCACUUGGAUUUCUCUGAACCUUGUUUCCGGUGUAGACAUUUAUUCGUGUUGUUCGGUGUUCGUCAGGCUCCGGAAGUCCUCUUUUGGACCGUUUCCGAGUGUACCGAAGUUUUGCCAAUUGCUACUGGAGGAAAACCCUUUUGGAGAUGAGAAGAACGACUGCGGCACCGUGGAUCAAGAUCUCAAUUAUGUGAUCAUUCCGUGAAUUCGAAGCUUUCAUCGAUCUAUUGUUGAGUUGUCGCCCACGAAAUUAUGCGCGGAAAUAUUUGUUCCGCUCAGCAUUGUGAUUCAUGUUAUGGGCGCCCAGGCGUUGUUGCGUGGCUUGCGUAUGAGUCAUUUUCGUAGUGGACCUUGGCUGUGAUUUUUUGGCGGGAAUAUCUGUGAUACUGUGCUGGAAUAUUUUUGUUUGUGAUGAACUUGCAAUACAGUACAAGAUUUGUGAAAAAGUA